CCAGAGGAAGAAUACGACUCGCGGCGAGCGCGUGCACCAGUCAAUGGCCCGACCACGCUUGCGCCUACUCGCGGCGAGCGCCGCAGCAGAAAAGCCAAGCGACCGCGACGAACGGCGCCUCCGAAGUUUCUUCAUCGGGAAAAAGCUAAGGAUCACUCGAGCGAUUGAGCUCCUAGUCCUACUCCCUUUGCGGCGAUUGAGCGCGUGUUACUGCAUCUGCAUGCGAGCUCGUCGGCGGGAGCUAACCUCACGGUUCUUCCAGGCCGAGGGCCGGCGAGAGACAUCGCCGCGAUGUACCUGCGCGUCACCAUCGAGGAUGCCCAGUUCGGCGCCGACGACGGUGGCUUCGACAACAGCAGCAGCGGUGGCAGCAGCCCGGCCUCCUACCGCUCCGGCUCCUCGGAGAGCGACGGCUCCAGCAGCAACAACGCCGACGAGUUCUGCCCCGACCCGUACCCGAGCGGAUCUGCUUCACCUUCCUCCACCUCCUACGCCGUCCGCGACGGGGUCGACCGCACCAGCCUCCUCUCGGUCUCGGAGUCUUCCGCCACCGUGCUCGACGACAUCGACAGGCACCAGCAACGCAUGCUCACCCUCCUCCCCGCCUUCUCCACUCCAGCCGGGGCCGGUGCGCGCGCCGACGCCUUGUCUCGCUGGCUCGCCGGUUUCGACGUCGGCUGGGUGCUGGACAUGGACUCUGGCAGGGGCGGCGAGAGCCUCCCACGGCGGGAAGUUGGGAGAAGGGUCAGGGCGUGGGCGCAGGCGCUGAGCACCAUGGAGCGCGUCUUCCGCCUCCGGCACCGGGAGCUCACGGUAAAGCAGGUGGAGGCUCUUGGGGAGCUCGCGGCGGCAAGCGCCGGCGCGAUGCUGAAACUGGCCGCCGCCGUCGCGGCGCUCGGGAGCUCACCGUCGAAGCUUCUCGCGGCGCUCGACGUGUACGUCCCGGUCUCCGAGGCGUUCCCCGUCCUGGGGAGGAUGUUCUCCUGGGGCCCCUCCCACCCAGUCUUGGCUGCCGCCGAGGACACGCUCGCCGCCCUGGUGGACGCGGCCCGGAACUGCGGCCGCGACCUCAGGACGUUCAUCCGCUCGCACUACCCGUGGCGGAUGCCGCAGGGCGGCGAGGUGCACCCGUGCGUCGGAUUCUGGAUGGGAUACUUCCGAUGCAUGCUCCGCAACCGCAUCUCCCUCUGCUUCGUCCUCGGCAGCAGUGACGACGACGACGGCGACUUCGAAGGUGCGCCGCCUCUCGCGCCCGGCGCCGGCGAGGGCGGCUUCGGCCUGGUGACGGACCUGAUCUCGUGCCUGGAAACCGUGCUCGAGGAGAAGUCCGCGGCGCUCGCGUUCCCGGGGCUGCGGCAGGUUUUCAUGCUCAACAACACGUUCGCCAUCCUCCGCCGCGCCGUGCGCUCCGAUCUCAAGCUGUUCCUGCCGCCGGGAUGGAUCCGCGCCCGCGAGGAGCGCAUGGAAGGCUACAUCAAGGGCUACAUGGCCACGUCCUGGGCGCCCGUCGUGUCGCGGUUGGACGACGCCGCGGGUGGCGCGAAGCCACUCCGGCGCCGGACGACCAACCGGCUGAGCGCGUUCUACACGGCGCUGGAGAACGCCUGCUACGCUCAGAGGUGCUGGAAGGUGCCCAACCCCGUGCUCCGAGGCAUACUCCGGAAGACUGUGUCGGCGAGCGUCGUACCGGCGUAUCGCCGGUACCUGGAGGACCACCCGGAGGUUGAGAUGGCCGUCGGGCGCACCGCGGAGGAGCUGGAGCAGCGGCUAUCAGACUUGUUUGAGGGCUAGAAGACAUGUUCCGUUGGACCGUAUGAUCAGCAGAGGUGUAUUCAUUAUUUAAUUUAUACAAGGAAAAACGGAGUUACGGAACCUGUUCGAUAUCAGAAUUUAGAAACAGAUACCGGAUUGUCAGGAAUUGCCUGGAUUGAAUUCAGAAACUUUCAGUUUCAAUGCCAGUGUCCAAAAUCAAUAAGAGCCAUGUUCAAAUGUCAACCGAGCCAUCGUUCAUGGCACCUCAGACAACGGCCCGCGCGUUCUUCUGCGGACGCGAGAGGCGAGAUGACAACCGAAAGAAAGGGAACCGUCGCUUGGAUGGUGUACAAGACUCUGCUCGCCAAGUCCAUGCCAGCGUCGUGUGUUUCUUCGGUGAAUUUGCGUCCGUGCCAGACAGCCGUCGCAGAUUCGGCGCCAAGUUUAUCGGCCGGCUCUCGAUUCCGAAGUCCGCUGCGGGCUGCGGCCAAAUUCGUGCACCGGUGCUCUGUUUCUACUGGCGCUCGAAUUUGAGGUCCACCAGCGCAGGCCCGGAACAGGCGCCACGCGAGCGCCCAUGCGAUCGUGAUGCCUCCAGCGUGUUCAAGCCGUCUCCGCUCCGCUCCUCUGUGAUCUCUCCGUCUCUCUCACUUGCAGAUGGCGAUUUAGUGGUCUCUCCGCCUCUCAUCGGUCAAUGGAGGGGUAGAAUCAGAAAUGCCAUUAAAGUGAAAAUUUGACAUCGCGAGGCGUCAAGUUUUGACGGAUGUAACGGCAAUAUCAGCAGGGAAGGGACAGGCAGAUAAGAAAAAUGAAGAAUUUAGAUGGCAUACGAGACAACGUUACAAAUUUCUAGUGGUAG